UGAAAGCACUAAUUAAGCAACCUAGAUCCUCCGAGAGCUCCCCCUCCAGUUGCUGUGGUAUCCAGGGAGCCUUCCUCCUGCCGCGGGAGAUGCACGCCGGGCGUUGCUAAGGUUGCCUCCGCGGUAACAUGCGCAUCCUGUUUACACCUGCAUCCGGAGGAGAAGGGCUCGGCUAGAGCCACCGCUGCACCCGGGCAGCCCCCAGGGACCCCCGCGGGGCCGCCCCCAGCUCCCUCCCCAAAAAGCCGCAGCCUCGCGGCCGGCCCCUGCGUCCCGGCGCCCCGCGGCGCCGCUGCCGCCGGGUCGAGAUGACGAACAACGUGGCCGACCACCACCCCGGGAACUCGGUCACCGAAGGCAACCAUGAGGGGGACUUUGGGUGCUCCGUGGUGGAGCUCAGGAACCUCAUGGAGCUGAGGAGCGCCGAGGCGGUCACCCGGCUGAACGAUUCCUACGGCGGCGUGCACAACGUCUGCAAGAGGCUGAAGACGUCGCCCGUCGAAGGUCUGUCCGGGAACCCGACCGACCUGGAGAAGAGGAGGCAGGUGUUCGGCCAGAACUUCAUUCCCCCCAAGAAGGCCAAGACGUUCCUGCAGUUAGUGUGGGAGGCGCUGCAGGACGUCACACUGAUCAUCUUGGAAAUAGCAGCCAUAAUCUCCCUGGGCCUGUCCUUCUACCACCCCCCGGGCGGUGACAAUGAACUGUGCGGGCAGUCCUCGGGCGGCGUGGAGGACGAGGGUGAGUCGCAGGCCGGCUGGAUCGAGGGGGCGGCCAUCUUGUUCUCGGUCAUCAUCGUGGUGCUGGUGACCGCCUUCAACGACUGGAGCAAAGAGAAGCAAUUCCGGGGCCUCCAGAGCCGCAUCGAGCAGGAGCAGAAGUUCACGGUCAUCCGCAAGGGGCAGGUGAUUCAGAUCCCCGUGGCCGAGAUCGUGGUGGGAGACAUCGCGCAGAUCAAAUACGGUGACCUCUUGCCAUCAGACGGGAUCCUGAUCCAAGGGAAUGACCUGAAAAUAGAUGAGAGCUCGCUGACCGGGGAGUCCGACCAGGUCAAGAAGUCUCUCGAUAAAGACCCCAUGCUGCUGUCAGGUACCCACGUGAUGGAGGGCUCCGGGCGGAUGGUGGUGACUGCCGUGGGGAUCAACUCCCAGACAGGAAUCAUCUUCACUCUCUUGGGGGCGGGAGAAGGAGAUGAGGAGAAGAAGGUGAAGAAAGGUAAAAAAACCGGAGCCCCUGAAAAUCGCAACAAAGCUAAAACUCAGGAUGGUGUGGCCUUAGAGAUCCAACCCCUGAAGAGCCAGGAAGGGGUGGAAAAUGAGGAGAAGGAGAAGAAGAAGGUGAAGGUGCCCAAGAAGGAGAAGUCUGUGCUGCAAGGGAAGCUGACGCGCCUGGCGGUCCAGAUUGGGAAGGCAGGGCUGAUCAUGUCGGCCAUCACGGUCAUCAUCUUGGUGCUGUACUUUGUCAUCGACACCUUCGGGGUGCAGGGCCGGCCCUGGCUGGCAGAGUGCACCCCCAUUUACAUCCAGUACUUCGUCAAGUUCUUCAUCAUCGGCGUCACCGUGUUGGUGGUGGCCGUGCCCGAGGGGCUCCCGCUGGCUGUCACCAUCUCCUUGGCCUACUCCGUGAAGAAAAUGAUGAAGGACAACAACCUGGUGAGACAUCUCGACGCGUGCGAGACCAUGGGGAACGCCACCGCCAUCUGCUCGGACAAGACGGGCACGCUCACCAUGAACCGCAUGACCGUGGUGCAGGCCUACGUGGGGGACACCCACUACCGCCAGAUCCCCGACCCCGAAGCCAUCCUGCCCAAGAUCCUGGACCUCAUCGUCAACGGUGUCGCCAUCAACUCUGCCUACACAUCCAAGAUCCUGCCACCAGAGAAGGAAGGGGGGCUACCCCGGCAAGUGGGGAACAAGACGGAGUGCGCCCUGCUGGGUUUCGUGCUGGACCUGAAGCAGGAUUACCAGGCGGUGCGCAACGAGGUGCCGGAGGAGAAGCUCUACAAGGUCUACACCUUCAACUCGGUGCGCAAGUCCAUGAGCACGGUGCUGAAGAACGGCAACGGCGGCUUCCGCAUGUACAGCAAGGGAGCCUCCGAGAUCAUCCUCCGCAAGUGCACCAAGAUCCUGGACAAGAACGGUGACCCCCGGGUGUUCAAGACGAAGGACCGGGAUGAGAUGGUGAAGAAGGUGAUCGAGCCCAUGGCGUGCCACGGGCUGCGGACCAUCUGCCUGGCCUUCCGCGACUUCCCCGCCGACGCCGAGCCCGACUGGGACAGUGAGAACGAGAUCCUGUCCGACCUGACCUGCAUCGCCGUGGUCGGGAUAGAGGACCCCGUGCGGCCAGAGGUGCCCGAUGCCAUCCUGAAGUGCCAGCGCGCGGGCAUCACCGUCCGCAUGGUGACGGGGGACAACAUCAACACCGCCCGCGCCAUCGCCACCAAGUGUGGCAUCCUGCUGCCGGGGGAGGACUUCUUGUGCCUGGAGGGGAAGGAGUUCAACCGGCUCAUCCGCAACGAGAAGGGCGAGGUGGAACAGGAGCAGCUGGACAAGAUCUGGCCCAAGCUGCGCGUGCUGGCCCGCUCCUCCCCGACGGAUAAGCACACGCUUGUCAAAGGAAUCAUCGACAGCACCGUUGGUGACCAGAGGCAGGUGGUGGCCGUCACCGGGGAUGGGACCAACGAUGGCCCGGCGCUGAAGAAAGCCGACGUUGGGUUUGCCAUGGGCAUCGCAGGCACCGACGUGGCGAAGGAGGCUUCGGACAUCAUCCUGACGGACGACAACUUCACCAGCAUCGUCAAGGCGGUGAUGUGGGGCCGCAACGUCUACGACAGCAUCUCCAAGUUCCUGCAGUUCCAGCUGACCGUCAACGUCGUGGCCGUCAUCGUGGCUUUCACAGGCGCCUGCAUCACGCAGGACUCCCCCCUGAAGGCCGUGCAGAUGCUGUGGGUGAACCUGAUCAUGGACACCUUUGCCUCCUUAGCCCUGGCCACCGAGCCCCCCUCCGAGUCGCUGCUGCUCCGCAAGCCGUACGGCCGCAACAAGCCGCUCAUCUCCCGCACCAUGAUGAAGAACAUCCUGGGGCACGCCGUCUACCAGCUCACUAUCAUUUUCACGCUGCUUUUUGUGGGGGAGAAGCUGUUUGACAUCGACAGCGGCCGCAACGCCCCGCUCCACUCGCCGCCCACCGAGCACUACACCAUCGUCUUCAACACCUUCGUCAUGAUGCAGCUCUUCAACGAGAUCAACGCGCGCAAGAUCCACGGGGAGAGGAAUGUCUUCGAGGCCAUCUAUCGCAACCCCAUCUUCUGCACGGUGGUGCUGGGGACCUUUGCAGCCCAGAUCAUCAUUGUGGAGUUCGGUGGGAAGCCCUUCAGCUGCUCUGGGCUCACCCUGAGCCAGUGGUUCUGGUGUAUUUUUAUCGGAGUGGGAGAGCUCCUCUGGGGCCAGCUGAUCUGCACCGUCCCGACCAGCCACCUGAAGUUCCUGAAGGAAGCCGGCCACGGCAUCACCAAGGAGGAGAUCCCAGAGGAGGAGCUGCCCGAGGACGUGGAUGAGAUCGACCACGCGGAGAUGGAGCUGCGGAGGGGGCAGAUCCUGUGGUUCAGGGGUCUCAACAGGAUACAGACGCAGAUGGACGUAGUUUACACAUUCCAGACCGGCGCCUCCUCUUUGCAGGGAGCCCUCAGGAGACAGCCUUCCAUCGUGAGCCAGCACCACGAUGUAAAAAAUGUUUCUAGCCCAACCCAUAUCAAAGUGGUGAAUGCGUUCCGUAGCUCCUUGUACGAAGGCCUCGAGAAACCCGAGUCCAGAAGCUCCAUCCAUAACUUCAUGACUCACCCGGAGUUCAUCCUGGAGGAAGACGAGCCUCGAACACCAUUCCUUGACAGCGCUGAAGACGACCCCGAGACCGACGGACUCAAAAAGCGAGGUGGGGAUAGCCUGGGUGGAUCGACAUCCCUCAACAGAAAUAACAAUGCAGUGGACAGCGAUCAAACCGAGGUCACCUUCCCGGAGCCCGAAAGCCCCUUACACAGCUUGGAGACAUCGGUUUGACCUUAGAACUUCGACCCCCUCCUCCUCCUCCUCCUCCUCCACCUUCGCCCCGCGCCCUGUGUGAUGUUGGCACCAGUAACUGAUCACACACUGCGGUCACUUCGUGUCAAACUGCUCAUACGUAUAUCAUUCUGGGGGGGUUUUGUUUUUGUUUCUUAAUUUUUUAACGAUUAUUUAGCUGUGGGAACCGGAGUACCACGAUGCUGGGUGUCGGGAGAGGGGCUACGCCAAAAUUUUGUGCAUCUUCAUCCCUGAUUUUCAGUGGUACUCGCCCAAGUGAAACAGCCAGGUCAUUUCCUCUCCAGGAGUUGGGCUCCAUGCGUCCGUAGGGGGGUUUUCACUUUGAGAAAAUGCAUGUUCAAAGAAAAGUUCAAAUUGUUGUAGUCUUACAUGCACGCUCCCUGCCCGAGGGCUGUGGGCUGCACUUCUGACUUUUAUUUUUCCACUUGUGGUUUUUAAGGUUUUCUUCUAAUGUUGGGGUUUGUUCUUUGCUUGUGGGAUUUGCCCCCCAGGAACUUCACAGUGGGAAGUGGGGGAGUUAGCACUGUAGUGCGACAAGUUUAAAAAAAAUAAAAUAAAAAAAAAAAGGCAAACAGCCAGGAGGAAGGUGUUUACUCGCAGGUUGAUAGAUACAGGGAUGUACACCAGUCUUCCACCUUGAAAAAAUGGUACCUAGCCUUUCCAGCUCCUCCUCUGCGUGCGCACACGUUUCUCUCUGUUUCCAAAGCAGUGACUGGUAGACAAGGAAUGGAAGUGACUCUGCUGUAACCUUGCUGGCCAUGAAAGAUUCCGAUUUUUUUGUUGUUUUUUUUUUUUUUUUUUCUACCAAGUUAGGUGCAGGUGAACUGGCAGCAUAAAGGGGGUGAGGAAGAACCGUGGUGGUGAGCAGCAGGGCUCUUUCCUGGGGAAUCCUAAGAAAUGCAUCUCUUCCGCUCGCGAACGGCUGUGAAACUUUUGGCAAGAGCCCUGUAAAGCUUUAACAGCCCCAGCUGUCAGGAGCAGAGGGUUGGAGAGGUUUUUUUUGUUUGUUUUCUCCUGUUCUGGCUUGUGUGUUCAGCUGGGCUAAAUAAUCCUUCAGCCUCGGAGUACAAGCUGCAGCUGAGUGCCGAGGAGCCCUGGAGGAUGCUCCAGCGGCGCCCACCAGCUCUACGCAUCCCUUCCCAAGCGGCAGGAGGAUGAGCAGGGGGUUAUUGUUGGUACGGCUGGGUCAAUUUAUAGCAUGGAAGGGACGAGUCAGGCUGUCUGCAUGGCCCCUGGAAGGGAGGGGGGCUCCAUGGCCAGUGGGAUGACCCAUGAUUGCCAGGGAAGGGGCUCCCUUGCGGAGGUGGCAGGCUGGCUGGCUGGCCACAGGGCUCCCAGAGGGUGCUGCACGCCUCCCUUGCUGCUUUUUUUUUUUUUUUUUGAAGAUCAUCUCUUCACCCCGCAUCCUGCCUCACCUCGGUCUCCUGUAACUGUUUCUCCCCAGGGUGAGAGCCCCGGGGUGCGGAGCAGAGGUCCCGGGGUGCUGGACAAGUCGUCUCUGACCCCACCCUCUUGCAAAGCCAAGAAGGGGCAGAGCAGGAGGCAGGAGUUUGCUUUGCUUGGGCUUAGUUUUUUGUUCUUGUUGUUAUUUUUUUUUUUUCCUCAUGGGUUCACCCCUGGUUGUUGGCUUUGGGUGGUUAGGGCUGGAAACAGCUCAGCAGCCUUCUGUCCCUUGUCCCGUUUGGCUUGGUUUGGUUGGAAGCAGAGAGAACCUGGUCAUAACCGGCUGUACGAUGUCAUCGUCUUUGCCCGGCCUCUGUCCCUGUAAGCAGAGGUGCCCACGAGAGGGGGGGCUGGCUGGUUUCUUCUUUUUCCUUUCCUUUAAGAACGCACAGCAGAAUCUCCCGUGCCUUCUCCGAGCACUGCCUGCAGCACCGCCUGCCACGCGAGGGCCCAGUACUUUGCCAAGAAAUAAGUGUUCCUUAAACGACAACAGCAAAAACCAAGUGUCUUUGUUUCGUUUCCCAGCCCAGCACCGACCCACCCGUCCCUCCCCAGUGCUGGCAAGGGGGGGGGGGGGGGGUGAAGGCUGGGCUCCAUACACUGCCAACAGCAAGGAGAAAUUGCCACCACUGCCCCUCUCAAUUGCAAAUUCAAGUGUCACCGGCCCCUGCCCGCGCAGACAAAAACCCAUCGCUGUCCUCCCCUUCCUCCUGCACGCGAGCCGAUAAAAUGCCUUGGGCAGGACACGGGGGUGCUGCUUGCCUGGGUGUGCACCAGUGGGGUGAGAGAGGGGUGGCCGUGGGGUUUGGGGACAUAGCUCAAAAGAUCACUUUUUUUCUAUUUUAAAUACUUGCAAAAAAAAAAAAAAAAAAAAAAAAAAAGAAAAAAAGAUUAAAAUAUCAUGUUCUUAAAAGCUUACAUAAAUAUUUAUUAAAUACUUGGGGAGGGGCACUGUGUUUUUUUUUUUUUUCCUUAUGAUACUUUUUUUAUUACCUCAGACCUGCUUAAAAAAAAAAAAUUUAAACCAAUGAAAAACAACAAAAAGCCAACUUUGGAGGCUCUUAAAGUCGCUCCCAGAAAUCUGUGACUGGUGGGUUGCCGCAAGGGUCUGGUUGUUCAUUAGCUGAUCUAUUUUUGUUGUUCUAGUUUCCAUGUUAGGAGGGGGAAAAUAAUUAUAUAUAAAUAUUAUGCAAAAAAAAAAAAAAAGUAUAUAUAUAGUUUUCUUUAGAUCAAAACUGAUAUUUUUACGUCAGCCAUAUGUAUUUUGUUUAAAGAAAAAAAUAAAAAAAAAUAAAAUCUCGAGUCCCGCGACGACGCGUGACGGCAGUUCAGUGACAGGUAAUAAAUUCAGUGUAUCAGCGAGCGGAUGCCAGUCAGCUUCCUUUUCUCUGAGCAGCCAUCUUUCUACUAGACGUUAGUUGGGUGAGACAAAUGUUUUUUUAUAUAAAUUAUGUUGGUAUGGCUGGUUGCUUAAAGUAAAAACGUUUAUUGUGCAUACAUCUUUUAUGUAAAGUAUUAUUUUUUUUUCCUGUUUAGUUUCAGUGAUAUACUGGCAGCAGAUGACUAUGGGGUUAAGUUAUUGAGGACAUUAUAAAAACAGUUUUGGGGGAGAUUGGUGCUCUACGUGGAGAGGCAUGGUCGGCAGCAUGAACUUCUGGGGACUCUCUGCAACAUGCCUUGAAAGAGGGGGAGAUUUUUUUUUUUAAUUUUUAUUUUUUGCUUUGUUUGAACUGCCACGAGUGUGCACGGGGGAGAGUGCCAUGCCAGCCAGGAACCGAAGUCAUACCCUGUGAUAUGUGUUAACUUGCCUUGGAAUGCUUUGUUAUUAAAACACUCUGAACAUAAUUUUGCAUCCAGUUCUUAAUAACAGUAGGGUCUCUGGUGGUGGUGGUUUUCUGUGAAAUAAAUUGGCAGGUUGGUACCAAAGACAUUACAUCACGUCCUGUGUGCGUUGCUGAACAGGCAUUUUUAGGCAUUUGCAUUCUGUGAUUAGGUUUUCUUUGAUUUGUACAGGGGUUAUACUUAAUUUUCAAAGGUUUUGUGCAAUAAGCUUAAAAUAAAAAAAAAAAAUUAAAACAAUCUCAAGAAGGAAAAAAACUAAACCACAUUUUAGCAUGGGCAGCCUUUGGCUUUCCCCAGUCAAGGAGUAGAUGUCCUGUAGUGCUGAGCCCCUUUAGAAAUGCUUCUUGUGAUGACAGGAUCUUAGGGUUAAUGGGAAAUCCCCCUCCCCAAUCCAAGAAGCACACCUCCACAAUGUUGGUGUCAGCUCCUCUUGCCCUCCAGAGCCCUUGCAUAACUGCAGGGACCUCAAAGAAUAAUCCCCGCAGGCUUCUGUACCUCUAAGGGGGAAGGAUGUUUGUACCCCCCAGUGGUUGUUCCUCACCCCUGUGUCCAGCUCCUACAGGUUCAUCAUGGAGCAUGCAACCUGUAAACUGCACUCCUGCAGCCCCCAGUCUCCCAGGCAGCGGUGCACGGUGAUGAGGGGUGAUGCUCCUCUGUUCCUGCCGCGGCCAGGGAGGUUAGGGGGCAGAGCCCCCAGGUUCUUGGCACGUAGCUAUUCCUCUCCAGCAUCUCUUUGCCAAGGCUGUCCCCUGCUAGAGGCUGGCCGGUCUCUCUGGCUUGUCUCUGAUAUCCUCCUGCUCAACAGAAAAAAAAAAAAAAAAUCGAUUUUCCUUCAAAGAAGCCCAUGGCUAAAACUGCCUUUAGUUUAUUUCCUCCCCUUAAUAUAUAUAUAUAUAUAUAUAUACAGUAUUAAACCAACAUUUGUGUGUGUAUAUAUAUUUAUCCAGUGCUCUCACAACAAAAUUUUGAUUUGAAGAGGGCACGCAGAUCUGAUUUUUUUUUUUUUUUUCCCUUCUUUCUUUUCCAGUAACUAGUAUAAUAAGCACUGGUAUUUUUGUAUAAAAACAGAAAAAUACAAAACAAAAGGCUGAAUAUUAUGUGGUAUGCAUGACAUUAAAAAAAUGGUGGUUUCAAAGCAAUAUGUACCCUGGUGUGUUUGCCAUAUCCUAGAGUCCAGCUUAAAGUGCACCUGAUCUGUAUUGCAUUUUGAUAUUAAUCUCUAUGUACAAUGUUUUGCAUGUAAUUUAUAUGGUUCUUGGGAGAAAAACAUUUUGAAUGAAUUGUCAGUUAUCUUCUUCUGAGAAAACAGGCUCCAAGCAGAGAUAAUAACCAAAUCAGAAAUGGACGAGCAGUUGAGGGGUGGGAAAGGGGGUACAUAUACAAAAAUUAAAAAAAAAAAAUAAUAAAACAUGCUGGGGGUGGGGGAGAAGGGAAAUGGUUUUGAAUCAAUAAAGCUUUGGCUGUUGAGCAGAAACAAUGCGCGAGUGCAUCCAGAGAAUAAAAUGUGCCCACAUGUAA